UUUUCUGACGAUAUGUCAGUAGAAGAUAAUUGUGAUGAUGUUUUGGACAGAUUUAUGGCAGCAUUAAAUAAUUAUAAUCGUUUUUUAAAUUCCAAUGAUUCAUCAAAUGCUAAAGGUGAUUACAGCAUAAGAAACACAAAUCAAAAUUCUGAAAAAUUGAUUAAAUCAAAUGAUUCGAAAGGAUUUCCAAAUGAUGAUCAGUGUGUUAAUAACGAAAUAAAAUACGAUGAGGAUGACUUCAACAAUACAAGUAUUUAAUGUUUAGCUUUAAAAAAUCCCCUUUUCCUUUUUAAUUUGAGGUUUAAAGUGGAAAGUUAAGAAUUAGGAGUUUUUUUGAUAAAAAAGGAUUUAUGAUAGUAUUUUUAGAUAGAAAAGGAUUAUGGAAUGAUAAUAUUCCUAUUUUAGUGGUUUGGAAAGGGUCACCCUGAUCAUCAAUAGAGAUUGGACUGUUAGGUUUGUACUGAUUCGACUACUAUUGAUUCCAAUAACAGAGUCCCGUUCCUAAUCACAUGCUCUUUCUUAAUUAUGAGUAACUCUUUUCUAAGGAAAAUAAUUAAUUUGCAGCUUAUCCUAUUUAGAUGUCAAAACAGAAUGCACGGUUCCAGCUUACAGUUUUAAUCACGCAGUUAACAAUGCCACUUUUAAUUGGGCGGUUGUUGGUGCCGCUGUUGGACUUUUAUUUGGAGGUUUUAAAGGCGCCAUUAUUGGAUCUGUUAUUGGGGCUGCUGUGGGGAUUAUUCUUGGUGCUGUUGUCUAUGUUUGUCAUUCAAUUGACAAAGUCUGUGUUGCUGUUAUUAAUACAAGUGAGGAUGUUAGUAGA